AUUGAAUAAAAGGUUUUGGUUCAAGUUUUGUUUGAAUUUAGCGCCCAAGGUUGUAGUAACUUGUUUGGUGAUUUCACCGCUGCCAACAGCUCUUCUCGUAAAAAGUGUUGACAGAAGGUUAGGUCAGACCUUGCUCAUCACAGAAAUGCCACGUGAACUUCAUGAAAUUAAACAAUUUCUCCUCACAGCGAGGAGAAAGGAUGCCAAAUCUGUGAAGAUUAAGAAAAACCCGGAAAACACUAAGUUUAAAGUACGUUGUUCAAGAUUCCUUUACACCUUGGUUAUCACUGAUAAGGAGAAGGCUGAGAAGCUGAAACAGUCGUUGCCCCCAGGUCUCCAAGUGAAAGAAGUGAAAUGAACUUGAAUUACUUUUACUUUUAUAACUUAAAUAUAAAUGUUAACUGAACAAAA